CGUGCAGCCGCACGUGAACUCCCACCUUUCAUACGGACCAUGAGUCCGCCUUCCCCAGGAGAGGGUCGGGGCACAUCUAAAACGUCUUUCCUUUUCAGUACAACUUGAUUUGCUUUGCCGUGAUUAAAUAAACCCUGUCCCGACUCCAAAUCUUCCUCCUCGAUAACAUGGAUUCCUCCGGUUUCAAGGCAGACGAAUGCUCAGACGGAAAUGGGACGUUUUCUAAGCGGCUUCUGCGCUUGAUCCGAGAUCUGCACUUGAGUGCCCGCCUCAGAUUUCAGAAGCUCUGGAUUUAUAAUCUCCUUGUUAUUGCCAACUUUAUGUCUGCAGUGAACAUUGUCCUAAGCUCACCCAAUGCAUCUGUUUCAUCUUGCAGUGAUGUGGAAAUCCAGCUGGCUGAGGGAGCUGUCCCUGCCCACAGGCUGGUCCUGUCUGCUCACAAUCCUUCCUGGGAAACGACUGAAAGCUUCGACUGGAAAUGGCUGCGACAGGGCGUUGGAUCGGCAGUUGUGGAGUGGAUGUACACCGGUGACCUCAACUGCGGUGGUGAUGAAGACCAGAAAUACAAGUUCCUUCUUGACGUUUUGGCAGCUGCCAAUAGUUUCCAACUUCUACCCCUGAAGAACUUGUGUGAAGAACAGGUAGUGGAUGAAGUCAGCAGGGAAAAUUGCCUUUCAAUAUUUGAGAAGGCAGGAGAAUUGGGGUGUGCAUCUCUGAAAGCAGCUGCCCAGAAGCUCAUCCUCUCUCAUUGGGAUGAAUUUGCAGCAGACGAUUUCGCCGUCCUUUCGGAUCGGAACCUGUACGAGCUCCUGAACGAGAGAGGAUCCGAGUCGGUCCUGCACGCCGCCAUCAGGCUGAAGCGGGGGGACGUCGUCGGGGUGUUCCUCGCCGAGCACGCGUCUCAGGUGAGCAGGGUCCCGCAGAGGAGGAGCACCAGGAUGGGGGCGUGGGGGGUGGGGGCGGAGGGGGAGGGGUUGCAGAAGGAGGUGGGGCAGAAGCAGUACUCGGUGAAGGUGGUGCCGGAGGAGUCGGUCUCGAGGAUGCACUCGUCCUGGAUGGAGGCGCCGGGGAUCUCGGUCGGGAGGACGAAGGGGAAGAUGGGGGCCUCGCCCCGGCGGUUCACGCGGGCCUUCCGGGCCACCGGGGCGCAGUCGCGGAUCACGGUCGACAGGGCGUCUGCGGGAGGGGAAGAACAGGGCCGGGAAAUUAACUGGUUUCGUUGUGUGCUCAUCGAUGGUUGUGUUGCGUGA